AUGGCUCCUGAGGUUGAUAUAUGUGGCAUGGAUUUGCAUGAUAUGUUUGAUCUUGAUCCAAAACCUAAAUCAACAUCACAAGUUACUACGUUCAAAUCACCUGUUUUAGAAUUCCAGACUUUCAAAUUGGAUCAGCUAAAGAAGCAAAUUUUUAUUAACGCUAAACAAGACUGUGAUACUAAUGAUAAGGAUAUGCAAAAUUCGACAAAAUUUUUACAAACUAUGAAAGACAUGGAAGAAAAUAAUGCAAAAGUUAUUGCAGAUCAAUUAUUGAAAAUUCAGAAAGAAAAGGAGGAGUUACUUGAGAGAUUUAAAAAACAAGAAGAAGAUAUUGCAAAACAAGAGGAACAGUAUGUAAAACCUUUGACCAAAUUGGUGAAUGAAGUUGCAAGAUUGAUUGAGGUAAAGAAAGAGAAGAUUAGACAAAAAGAGGAAGAGGAGAAAAUCAAAUAG